AUGGCAUUGGAAUCCACCCAAUUGUUUCAUCGACAGUCGAGUGUAACACAACAUUUAUGCUUGACUGUGGAUAGUUCUUCCCUGGCCGAGAACGUAUCGCGUUCGAAUCCGGCCACUGUUUCACCCACAUUCUCCAUAGCGGAUAUUUUAGCCUCAUCGUUCCCGGACACUACUACUACUGCUAAUACUACCACUACGACAGAAAGUCAACUCACUCAGACCGGAGAGUCCCGCCUGUUAGCAGUGUUUCCCAGUUCACCGGAUCCCUCAGAAUCCGUGGUUCACAGUAAGUGA